AUGAAAUACACAUUCGUUUCCGCUUUGUUUGCCGCCACCAAUUUUUUUGUUGCUCAGGCUCAAAUAAAUAACUCCUCCGAUUCAUUUUACCUACAGUUUUCUAACAGCACACUUUCCGACCUAAAGGGGAAACUCAAUGUCUCAGAUAGAAUAUUCGCCGGCAGCGGGCCUUUGCCGUUAGAAAUUCAACCAGAUGGAUCACUUGUUGCUGAUUUAACUAACAUAGACAACCAACCAACAACCUUCUCUAUAACUUCCGAAAAAGGUUUGGUCAGCAACGAUAACAGCACUUUGGAUUCAGCCGCAUAUCAAAGCAACGCAACCUCUUUAACCGGAUUCGAUGUUGCUAACGGUGUUUUGAAUUUUAACGGGUUAGAAAAGUGGACUAUUAAUGUGAACGGAACAUUGGCUACCAUCAAUUUACCUGCAACUGAAAGUUCUGGUGUGCCUGUUUCAUUGAACGCUGUCACUAUUGGUGAACCUGCUUUACCGCAACAUAUCCCACAACAAAAAAACAUAGUCAGAUCAGCUGUCUAUGAUGUUGGUGGAUGGAACGGUUCCUUGUAUCGCUCCAAUAGCACUGCAGUUUCUGACCAUCAUCCUGUCAGAAAGCAAGAAGCUGCCGUUUCUCAGAUUACUGAUGGUCAAGUCCAAGCUACCUCCAUUUCAACUGCAACUGCUACCAUUCCAAGCAAUAGUACUUACAUUUCUUCCUACGAAGGUGCCGGUAUUAAGAUGGAAUCCAAGAACAUGGGUUUUGUUGUUGGAUUGGCAGCUUUAUUAUUUUUAUGA